AUGUUGCCGGUGACCUUCAUGGAUGGCACCACUAAGACCCUGCUGACCGACUCAGCCACCACAGCCAGCGAGCUGUGUAAUUCCCUGGCGGACAAGAUCAGCCUCCAAGACCGCUUCGGUUUCUCCCUCUAUAUCGCCCUGUUUGACAAGGUACUGGACUGGACCUCACUCGCUUCAUCUGAGCGAGAGAAAUGUGUAGAUGUGUACACACACGCAUGUAUGCAAGCAGGGACACACUCACUCACUCUCACUUACUCACUAAGUCACUCACACAUACAGUCUCACAAACUUGUUUGAGAAGCUAUCGAACCCACAACUAUUAACAAUGUUGAAUGUCCAUUCUUCCCCCUCUCUCCCCCCAGGUAUCCUCAUUGGGCAGCGGCAGCGACCAUGUGAUGGACGCCGUGUCGCAGUGCGAGCAGUAUGCCAAGGAGCAGGGCGCCCAGGAGAGGAAUGCUCCCUGGCGCCUUUUCUUCAGGAAGGAGAUCUUCACACCCUGGCACAAUCCUGGCGAUGACAGCGUGGCCACCAACCUCAUCUACCAGCAGACCGUCCGGGGAGUGAAGUUUGGCGAGUACCGCUGCGAGAGGGUGAGUGGAGGCAGAGGGAUGAAGGCCUGUAUGAGGAGGGAGGUGAGAGAGCACAUUUGGGGAAUUUCCACUCUCCCUCUCUCUCUUCUAGGUUGAUGAAUGAUGUGAGAUGGCGUUUUUAUGUGAUAUUUAUUUAAUACUGAUGUACAUUGAACAAAAGUAUAAACCCAACAUGUAAAGGGUUGGUCCCAUGUUUUAUGAGCUGAAAUAAAAGAUCCUAGAAAUGUUCCACAGGCACAAAAAGCUUAUUUCCCUUAAUUUUGUGCACACAUUUGUUUGUGAGCAUUUCUCCUUUGGCCAAGAUAAUCCAUCCACCUGACAGGUGUGGCAUAUCAAAAAGCUGAUUAAACAGCAUGAUCAUUACACAGGUGCACCUUGAGGUGUGGUCCUCUGUAGCUCAAUUGGUAGAGCAUGGCGCUUGUAACGCCAGGGUAGUGGGUUCGAUCCCCGGGACCACCCACACGUAAAAAUGUAUGCGCACAUGACUGUAAGUCGCUUUGGAUAAAAGCGUCUGCUAAAUGGCAUAUUAUUAUUAUUAUUAUUAUUAUUAUUAUUAUUAUUAUUAUUAUUGUGCUGGGGACAAUAAAAGGCCACUCUAAAAUGUUCCGUUUUGUAACACAACACAAUGCCACAGAUGUCUCAAGUUUUGAGGGAGUGUGCAAUUGGCAUGCUGACUGCAGGAUAAUUGAAUAUUCAUUUCUCUACCAUAAGCCACCUCCAACGUUUUAGAGAAUUUGGCAGUACGUCCAACCGGCCUCACCACCACAGACCACAUGUAACCACGCCAGCCCAGGACCUCCACAUCUGGCUUCUUCACCUGCGGGAUCAUCCUGAGACCAGCCAUCUGGACGGCUGAUGAAACUGUGGGCUUGCACAACCAAAGAAUGUCUGCACAGACUGUCAGAAACCGUCUCAGGGAAGCUCAUCUGCAUGCUCGUCGUCCUCACCAGGGUCUUGACCUGACGGCAGUUCGGCGUCGUAACUGACUUCAGUGGGCAAAUGCUCACCUUCGAUGGCUACUGGUACGCUGGAGAAGUGUGCUCUUCACGGAUUAAUUCCAGUUUCAACUGUACUGGGCAGAUGGCAGAUCGCGUGCAUGGUGUCGUGUAGGCGAGCGGUUUGCUGAUGUCAACAUUGUGAACAGAGUGCCCCAUGGUUGCAGUGGGGUUAUGGUAUGGGCAGGCAUAAAGCUACGGACAACAAACACAAUUGCAUUUUAUUGAUGGCAAUUUGAAUGCAAAAGAUCCUGAGGCCCAUUGUCGUGCCAUUCAUCCGCCGCCAUCACCUCAUAUUUCAGCAUGAUAAUGCACAGCCCCAUGUCGCAAGGGUCUGUACACAACUCCUGGAAGCUGAAAAUGUCCCAGUUCUUCCAUACUGGCCUGCAUACUCACCAGACAUGUCAACCAUUGAGCACGUUUGGGAUGCUCUGGAUCGACGUGUAGGACAGCGUGUUCCAGUCCCACCAAUAUCCAGCAACUUCGCACAGCCAUUGAAGAGGAGUGAGACAACAUUCCACAGGCCACAAUCAGCAGCCUGAUCAACUCUACGAAGGACAUGUGUUGUGCUGCAAAUUGUGGUCACACCAGAUACUGACUGGUUUUCUGAUCUACACCCCUUCCUUUUUAUUUAUGUAUCUGUGACCAGCAGACGCAUUUCUAUAUUCCCAGUCAUGUGAAAUCCAUAGAUUAGGGCCUAAUGAAUUUAUUUCAAUUGACUCAUUUCCUUAUAUGAACUGUAACUCAGUAAAAUCUUAGAAAUUGUUCCAUGUUAUCUUUAAAUAUUUUUGUUCAGCGUAUAUGUGAAUGCACAUUCAUGCCUGAUGUUUUUUUGUAAAAUAUGAAAGUGUUAAAGUUUCCCCUUAUCUCUCACUCCAUCUAUCCACUCACCCUCUCUCAAUCUCCCUCUCUCUCCAUCUCUCUCCCAUCCCGCUCUCUCUCGCUCAGGACGAGGAUCUGGCAGGAGCUGGCAUCUCAGCAGUACUACGUAGAAUAUGGCUCCGAGAUCCUCCAAGAGCGCCUCCUCAAACUCAUCCCCUCCUACAUCCCUGACCGUGAAAUCAGCUCCGCCAAGACAACUGACAAGUGGGCCCAGCUAGUUGUCUCUGCCCACAGAAAGGUAGGUGUCCCCCAAGGAUCGGUUUCAGAGCCCUUCACUUUCGGACCCAAAAUCUGUUUCUCGUGCUCUUACAACAGGAUUUGUCCUUUGAACUAUUUGUCACUAUAUUCAGGGAUGUAGCGGUAGGGUAAACACACGUAAGCACUGUUUCCACUGCUUAUUCUUUAAUGAAUAGCGUUUAAGCAUCUACUACGCCAAAUUACUGUUUUCUGAAUGAACAUUUGUUAAUCGCCGCCCGUCAUCUCAAUCGGCGUUCAGUGUUUACCCACCUUUGUUUUUACCACUACAACUUGACUAUAUUGUCCUAUGAACAGUACAUACGCUCACACACCCAGUUCUCAAACAGUCUCUCUAACCCCUCCUCUGCCUCAGGGAGUCUACACCCAGAAGAGGUUGGACCCUCAGAAGGUGAAAGAGGACGUGGUUGACUUUUCUCGUUUCAGGUGGCCUUUACUCUUCUCCCGCUUCUACGAGGCCUUCAAAUUUUCAGGUAAGUCCACUGUUGAUAUUUAUGGGAGUUUUGGCCAAUGUAAUACAAGGGAUGUAACACUAAUUAUAUUUCUGAGAAAGACCUGUAUCGUAUCCAUGAUGAUAUGACUAAUUGUAGGUUGAAAUGACCUCUAAGUAACCUUUGAACCCCUCAGGACCUAGCCUGCCUAAGAAUGACGUCAUUGUGGCAGUGAACUGGACCGGGGUCUACUUUGUGGAUGAGCAGGAGCAGGUCCUUUUGGAACUCUCUUUCCCAGAGAUUACUGCUGUGUCCAGUAGCAGGUAAUGCUGCUACUAUUCCUGUCUCCCAAUAGUCUGUAGUCAUUAUUCGUCAAUGAUAAUUAGAUAUGUUUUCAUUCACUUGGUUGUUACUACUUUUCAUUGAUAUCAUGUUAUUAUAAUGAUGUCAUUGAAAUGAUACAAAAAUAUGUAUUCUUCAGUUGUAAUAUACAAAGCAACUGAAUUAGAAUAAGCAUGUGCUUUUAUACAACAAAAUGAAAUAUGGAAAUAUGGAAAGAUGAAAAAAAUAUAUAUAAAAUAAUAUUAUAAUCUGUAACAUUGUUUUGAUAUUGUAUGAAUCAUUUCCCGUUACAGAGGGGGUAAGCUCCAGGGCCAGAGCUUCUCGCUGGCCACCAUCAAAGGAGACGAGUAUACGUUCACCUCAAACAAUGCAGAGGACAUCCGUGACCUUAUUGUGACCUUCCUGGAAGGCCUCAGGAAGAGGUCAAAGUUUGUGGUGGCGCUGCUGGACUGCCCCAACCCCUGUAAGUAACCUACUAGCGCCUGUACGUUAUUUACUUUAUCUUAUUUGGUUUAUUACACGGGGGCAAUGCACAUUGAGCAACAUUGGAAUCACUUUUUAAGAACAGGUAAUGUUUUUCAAAGCCAGCAAGGGAAAGUAUGGUGAAUGACUGUGGUCUUGUUGGUGUUUUCUUGUACAGUGGCAUGUUUUUCAACACCACCACACAUGACUUUCCCUCACAGGGGACAAUAAAGUUAAUUGAAUGGAAUUUCCAUUGAAUUGAAUGUUGUGUUCCCGUAGCGGGCGGCGAGGACUCCACCUUCCUCAGUUUCUCCAAGGGCGACCUGAUCCUAUUGGACGAGCACUGCGGCGAGCAGGUCAUGACCUCGGGGUGGGCCCAUGGGGUCAACGACAAGACCAAGCAGCAGGGGGACUUCCCGGCCGACUGCGUCUACGUCCUGCCCACCGUCACCCGGCCGCAGUAUGACAUCGUGGUGAGUGACCUCAUGACUAGGGUUGCAAGUUCCAGGAACUUUUAGAAACUAUGCUCAUGGGUCAUUUUGAAAAUCUAUGGAAACUUGGGGAAUUUAUACCACAAUAUGACAUUGUAGUGAUUAUGACCUCAGGCAUUGCCAAGCUCCAUACGGUCUUUACAGUUCUCAUUCUGUAGUUUCUCUUUUACUAAAGUUUUUUUUUGUCUGUCUGCAUCUUUCUUUCCCUCUCCACCUCUCUCUUUCUUCUGCUCCCUCCCCUCUCCAUCUCUCGUCCCUUUUUUCUCCAUCUCACUCUUCCUCUCUUUUUUGCACCCUUCCAUCCUCUCUCUCUCCCUCCUCUCUCUCUCUGCUAGGCUCUGGUGACUAUGACUCCAGACCAGAGAAGAGAGUCCAUCAACCUGUCCCAGAUGGCCCUGGCUGAGAGUGAGGACAAGGUCAAGCCUUACACCCUAGAGGAGUUCUCCUACGACUACUUCAGGUAGUCACAUGCACACUCACACUCUCACUCACUUCCUAUUACACACUCACUAUUCUCCUCCCCCCUCUAGACCCCCUCCUAAGAGCACUCUGAUCAGGGUAAUGAUCCCUAAGGGCCGGGGGAAGGAGCGUCUGUGGUGUUGCACCAGGGAGCCCCUCAAACAGCCUCUGCUGAAGAAGGUGCUGGCCCAUGAGGAGCUCUCCCAGGAGGCCCAACUGGCCUUCAUUGAUAUCCUUACUGCCCUGCAGCCAUUGUGUAUCGAAUACUUUUUAUGCUUCAUGUCCAAAUCAUCUUAAAGUAACUUUAUUGAGCUACACAAUCAAUUUUAAACACUGGGAUGAUUUGACAUAAUUGACGUGCAUUGUUUUUUGGACAAAAAUGCUAAACAGUUAGCAUUUGGAGACAGUGGCCAGGUAAACAAAACCAAAGCUGGAUUGCUGUCUAACCUUGUCCAUAGACUGCUUACUGGGUAAGGAAACCAAUGUGUAAUUUGGGUGAACUAUCCCUUUAAAUGUGACGCAAACCUCAACAGGUCAUGGUAUAAUGUACAUUAUGUAGUAAUGCAUCAUAGUUUUAUGUCUGUGUUUAGCGUGUGUGGUAUUGUGGUCAAUGUUUGGUCAUGGUCCUUGAUCGCUCCCCUGCACCCCUGAUGAAGUAUAUGGGUGACUACCCAUCCAAGCGAGCGCGUUCGGUCAACGAGCUGACCGACCAGAUCUUUGAGGGAGCGCUGAAGGCAGAGCCACUCAAAGACGAGAUCUACUGUCAGAUCCUCAAACAGCUCACCGAGAACCACAUCAAGUAUGUCUGACUCUGCAAUCUACACACACAAGUUGUGGUCAUAUGGGGAUUGACCAUGGUGUGUAUGUAUGUGUGUGGCUGUGGUGUGUCUGCCUGCCUGCCUGCGUGCCUGUGUGUGUGGCUGUGCAGGUACAGUGAAGAGAAGGGCUGGGAGCUGCUGUGGCUCUGUACAGGUCUGUUCCCCCCCAGUAACAUUCUGCUACCCCACGUCCAGAAGUUCCUCCAGGCUAAGAAGCACCACCCCCUCGCCCCUGACUGCAUGCAGAGACUCCAGAAGGCCUUACGGUAUAUCUUACCCGCUUGUAAAGUAUAUUUACUUUAAGUGUUUCGACAUGUACACACAUUACAGGUUCAACCAUUUAGGCAAAAGUUUUUUAUUUAUUUAUUGAGUAAAUAGAGGAGAAAAAUGUUGACGUAUUUAGGCAAUAAGGGACAAAUCCUAAUUUGAGAUCCAUGCAAGAUUUACGAAAAACAUUUGAGUUGUGUGUGGAUCUCAAGUAAGGAUUUGUCUCCUAACUCGAGAGCCACUCAAGAUCCAUGCCUUCUUACUCAUAUUCCUUCCUUUGUCUUUCUCUUGUCUUCCUCUGGGUGAACAGUAAUUGUAGCAUGAUGUACUACAGUACCCAUAAUGCUCUGUACACAUAAUGCUCUCUCCUUACUAAUACAGUAAUGGAUCCAGGAAGUACCCGCCUCACCUGGUGGAGGUGGAAGCCAUCCAGCACAAGACCACGCAGAUCUUUCACAAAGUGUUCUUCCCCGAUGACACAGACGAGGUGAGAGGUCAACCUCAUCAAUGUUGUUACAAAGUUGCAAUGGCACAAUGAGGCCCAAAACGUGAAGUCAACAUUGAGACAAUGUUGUGUGUUUGCUGGGUAACAGAGACAAAUACAACACACAUGCUGACUUAUUCUAACCUGGAACGUAUUGUGUGGUCACUUUCAUUGCAAAUUGUGUAAAUUGUGUUUUUCUUUUUUUCAGGCUUUCGAGGUGGAGUCGAGCACUAAAUCCAAAGAGUUCUCUCUGAACAUCUCAGGCAGACUGCUCCUCAAGUCCUCUGAGGGCUUCAGCCUGUUUGUCAAGAUCACUGACAAGGUACAAUACUAGGAUAUGACCGAUAUUAAAUCUGAAAUCCACAGUGGUGAAACUGCCACGUCCGUUUGUGAUAUUACAACAACAAAGAAAUUACUUCAAACAAAGAACAGUUUCUUUCCCUCGGACAUCAUUGAAGGUGUGAUAGAACAGCAGAAUAUGUACUGCGACUUUUUUUUACCAUGAUGCUGGAUGCUCCUCUCCUCCAUUUCAUCAACAAAACAAAAACAAUAGCCAAGGCGCUGGGGUGAACAGUGCGGCUGUUUCCCCUUUUACUGCUAAGCCUCCCCAGCGAGAAAAACUGGUUGCAAUGACAUCAUUAGGACAUGUUUUUUUACUUUGCGGUCAGGGUGUAUACUGGUUGUAAAAUUAUGUUUUUUUAAACAUUACGUAUUUACCUGGUUGUAAUCUGCUUAUAUGACCAGAUAACAACCAAAAUAUGACAUCUUUCCCUGACUUCUUGAUGAAUCCUGUUUGUAAGCUGGUUGUAAACAAGAACCAUUUACAACCAGAAAUUACGUCAUUAUGACCCAUGCAAAAGUUUGCCCUCUGGAUCAGUACAAGAUUGUGUUCUAAUAACAUACAAAAAUACACCCAAAUAAUAUAUAUAAUUUCAUAAUAUUUAUCCAAAUUAUAUACAAAAUAUUACAGUAUGAGUCGCAGAUCUUAAUAAUUCAAAACUGGGCUGUUUUGAAAGAUGAUAUACUUCUCUAUACCUCCACUAGGAGUUUACACCAAUUUAUGUUAUUUUUGUAAGAUUUCACUACUGUCGGAAUGUGAGGGUGAUUCAAAUGAUUCUAGAUAAACUGUAUCAAUAUUUGUGUUUGACCUUUGACCUUUGCUGGUUGUUUCCAGGUCAUCAGUGUGCCUGAGGGGGAUUUCUUCUUUGACUUUGUAAGGCAUCUGACCGACUGGAUCAAAAAAGCUAGACCCGCAAAGGACGGUAAAGACGUUAACUGUAAAGGACCCUAGAUUCAGUAGAAAGGUUACCCAUAUGAAGAUUAUCCAAGAUUAGAUCUGUUCUUUAUCACCUUUAAUUCUCCAAGACAAAAAUUAGCUUAAUUCAACAAAACAUUUUUUUGGGGGGGGCUUUUCUAAGAGAAACAACCAUAUCUAAUCUUAGAUCUUUGUCAUUCUGAUCAAAAUAUGAGUUCUCUAAAGUCUCUUAAAGAAGUCUCCUUUCAACUUUUCCAUAGGCAUCUGACAUUUGCUAGGUCCACAAGAAAGAAAGUCAACCACCCUAUUAAUCCUAAGGAUUCAUUGAUGAUCCAACUUUCAGCACCCAGUGCGGCCUUCAGGGUUGGGCCACAUAAACAUUUCAUCAAACAUGGUGUGUCAUGUCAACACGUUGUGGUUGUGGCAAGGGUUAAUGAUAGGUGAAGGUUAAGCUUGGGUUGGGGAACUUGCCAUCUAUGUAGAUGUAUUAAUAUGAGAAGUAUGUCCUGAAUCUCUCUCUAUCGUCAAUCUGCAGGUGUAGUGCCUUCACUGAGCUAUCAGGUGUUCUUCAUGAAGAAACUAUGGACCAAUACCAUGCCAGGGAAAGACUCCAUGGCCGACUCCAUCUUUCACUACAACCAGGUGUGUGUGCGUGCGUGUGUGUGUGCAGAGUGCGAAUUACGCCAUGACAUUCAGGUCUGUAUUUUUAUUGACCUUAUAAUAAAGACGUCAUUAAAAUGAUAAAAAUAAAUGAAUUAUAUAUUUGAGAUUCUUCAAAUAGCCACCCUUUGCCUUGAUGACAGCUUUGCACACGCUUGGCAUUCUCUCAACCAGCUUCACCUGGAAUGCUUUUCCAACAGUCUUGAAUGGAGUUCCCACAUAUGCUGAGCACUUGUUGGCUGCUUUUCCUUCUCUCUGCCGUCCGACUCAUCCCAAACCAUCUCAAUUGGGUUGAGGUCGGGGAUUGUGGAGGCCAGGUCAUCUGAUGCAGCACUCCAUCACUCUCCUUCUUGGUAAAAUAGCCCUUACACAGCCUGGAGGUGUGUUGGGUCAUUGUCCUGUUGAAAAACAAAUGAUAGUCCCACUAAGCCCAAACCAGAUGGGAUGGCGUAUCGCUGCAGAAUGCUGUGGUAGCCAUGCUGGUUAAGUGUGCCUUGAAUUCUAAAUAAAUCACAGACAGUGUCACCAGCAAAGCACCCCCACACCAUAACACCUCCUCCUCCAUGCUUUAUGGUGGGAACUACACAUGCGGAGAUCAUCCGUUCACCCACACCGCGUCUCACAAAGACACGGCGGUUGGAACCAAAAAUCUCAAAUUUGGACUCCAGACCAAAGGACAAAUUUCCACCGGUCUAAUGUCCAUUGCUCGUGUUUCUUGGUCCAAGCAGGUCUCUUCUUAUUAUUAGUGUCCCUUUAGUAGUGGUUUCUUUGCAGCAAUUCGACCAUGAAGGCCUGAUUCACACAGUCCCCUCUGAGCAGUUGAUGUUGAGAUGUGUCUGUUACUUUUGGGCUGCAAUUUCUGAGGCAGGCAACUCUAAUGAACUUAUCCUCUGCAGCAGAGGUAACUCUGGGUCUUCCAUUCCUGUGGCGGUCCUCAUGAGAGCCAGUUUCAUCAUAGUGCUUGAUGGUUUUUGCGAUUGCACUUGAAGAAACUUUCAAAGUUCUUGACAUUUUCCAUAUUGACUGACCUUCAUGUCUUAAAGUAAUGAUGGACUGUCAUUCCUCUUUGCUUAUUUGAGCUGUUCUUGCCUUUUUUGGUUACUACAUGAUUCAAUAUGUGUUAUUUAAUAGUUUUGAUGUCUUCACUAUUAUUCUACAAUGUAAAAGGUUGUAAAAAUAAAGAAAAAUCCUUGAAUGAGUAGGUGUGUCCAAACUUUUGACUGGUAGUGUAUACUUAAGUAUCAAAAGUAUUAAUUAUUUCAAAUUCCUUAUAUUAAGCAAACCAGACAGCACCAUUUUCUUGUUUUUAUUUUAUUUACUGAUUGUCAGGGUCACACUCCAACACUCAGACAUCAUUUACAAACGAAGCAUGUGUGUUUAGUGAGUCUGCCAGAUCAGAGGCAGUAGGGAUGACCAGGGAUGUUCUCUUGAUAAGUGUGUGAAUUGGACCAUUUUCCUGUCCUGCUAAGCAUUCAAAAUGUAACGGGUAAUUUUGGAUGUCAUGGAAAAUGUAUGGAGUAAAAAGUACAUUAUUUUCUUUAGGAAUGUAGUGAAGUAAAAGUAGUUAAAAAUAUAAAUAGUAAAGUCAAAAAUAUAAAUAGUAAAUUACAUGCUUGUGUGUGCUUGACUGUCUGCAUAUUUGUCUUAAGUGUAUUGACCCUCCUCACUGCUCUCUCUUCAGGAGCUUCCCAAGUAUCUCCGUGGUUACCACAAGUGUUCCCGGGAAGAGGUUUUCAAGCUGGGAGCGCUGAUCUACAGGGUGAAGUUCGAGGAGGACAAAUCCCAGUUUCCCAACAUUCCCAAGAUGCUGAAGGAGCUGAUCCCUCAGGACCAGAUCAGACACCUCUCGCCUGACGACUGGAAACGGGUGAGUUGUAAAAUCAGAAUUCCUAUAGGACUAGUUUAUCUGGACCGCGUGACCUGACCGAGAAAAACUAUAGGAGUGCUGAUCUAGGAUCAGUUUUGUAUUUUAGGUUAUAAAGAAUAAGAGGGGGAACCUGAAUGUAGAUCCCAUUCUUUGUGAAACCCUUACCGAAGAAACAGUCUUCUGGCAAACAGUUCUGGCAAAUAUUUGGCCAAUUUGCCGCAAAUCUGCAGCAAGCUCAUAUUUUCACAUGCAAAUUGCUUUUGUGGCAAACUUGUGAACUUCUGGCAAACAAUUCUAGGAAACUUGUGGUGAACAUUCUACUGAUUAUGAAUAUGGAAAUUAGAUCAGGUUUUUGGUUACUUUAUGUAUUAACAACAUUGAAAUGUUGUAUCAACAUCACAUAAUUUUAAAUGAACGUGCUUCAAACAGAGAACUAAACUAAACAUACUAAAUGUUCAAAAUACACUAAACAACAUGUAUUCCAUUUCUUAUCAGAUAAAAAUAAAUCCAAUACAACUUGAAAUCAUCAGCAUGCUAAAUAAAUUGUUUAUUUAAUAUUUUUAUGUAGUUACAACAUUUACAUGAGAGAAAUGUGAACACUAUGGGGAUGUUGACCUUAGGAUGUUUAACUCGCAAGUGCGUUUUGGACUUCUAACCCCAUUUAAACAUUGUGUGUUUGAGCUAGAGUGGUGUUUGUGAGGGUGGAUCCGGAAGGUGCCUGGGGACGGUUCUUCUCACAAAAACGUCUUUAAAGUCUGAAUGGUUUGAGCUCAUUUAUGAAAAGCUGAGACUCUCACAAACAUGUAAUGCUGUCUCUAUGAUGCUCAUAAGUCACACGAGUAGUUAGAAUGUAAGGAGUUCUUCUACAUAGACGAUCAUAGUGCCUAUAAUACUGUAAUAACCUCACAUAGUUGCUGUCACAAACUCCAAACUCUACACAGUUGUCACUAACUAGUUGGAUAUUAAUUUCCCGCUGAGCAAACAAUUUCUGUACUUACUGAAUUCUUAUAAAUUCAUUUUUAUCAGGUUUUUGCUUGGCGGACCUUAUGUUUUUGUGUUCUACUUGUAGCCCUGGUUGUCCUGAAAAGAAAAUGUUAAAACACUUAAUUGUGAGGCUAAAUAUAAGGACUGGACAUGCAGAUAAAUGAAAGUAGUGAAAAGAAAAUCAGAUUUUUGCUGGGGUCUGGUGAACUGUUUGCCACUAGUGGCAAUAAGUAUUAUUAUUAUGGCAGAUUCACCACUAGUGACAAACAUUUGCAACAUUUCUGGCAACAUUUAUAGCUCCCAGACGAGCUUAACACAUUUUAUGCUCGUUUCGAGGCAUACAAUACCGAGCCAUCCAGGAAGACUCUCGCUGCUCCGGACGUCCAGGUGCUUUCGCUCGCCAAGGCUGACUCUCAAAAGGGUGAAUAGACACAAAGCCGCCGGCCUAGAUGGCAUCCCUGGCCGCGUCCUCAGAGUGUCUGCUGAGCAGCUGGUGGGCGUCUUCUCGGUCAUCUUCAACCUGUCCCUGUUCCAGGCUGUAGUCCCCACCUGCUUCAAGGAGACCACCAUCGUCCCAGUGCCCAAGAAAAACAAGGUGACAUACCAAAAUGAAUAUUGCCCCGUCUCACUCACCCCAGUCAUCAUGAAGUACUUCGAUAGGCUGGCCUUGGCCCACAUCAAGGCCAGCAUGCCAGGCACACUGGACGCACUCCAAUUUGCCUACCGCUCCAACAAAUCCACAAAAUAUGCCUUUUCCAUUGCUAUUCACACGGCCAAUAACACAUCUGGACAAGAAGAACACCUAUGUGAGAAUUCUGUUCAUUGACUACAGUUCAGCAUUAAACAAUAUUGUUCCCUCCAAGCUCGACACCAAGCUCAGAGCCCUGGGUCUGGACAACACCCUCUGCAACUGGAUCCUGGACUUCCUGACGGGCAGACCACAGGCUGUGAGGAUUGGCAACAACACCUGCUCCACACUGACUCUUAACACAGGGACCCACCAGGGGUGUGUCCUCAGCCCUCUGCUGUACUUCCUGUUCACCCACAACUGCAUCAUCAAGUUUGCUGACGACACCAUGGUUGUAGGCCUGAUAACCAAUAAUGACGUGUCAGCCUGUACGGAGGAGGUAGGUGAACUUGCAUUCUGGUGCCAGUACCGCAAGGCCCUCCAGUGGGUGGUGAAGACGGCCCAGUACAUCACUGGGAUAGUGCUCCCACCCAUCCAGGACAUCUACUCAAAACAGUGCCUGAGAAAGGCCCGCAGCAUCAUCAAGGAGCCCACACACCAGUAUCAGAGCAUGAGGUCUGAUACCAACAGGCUCAGAGAUAGUUUCUAUCUUCAAGCCAUCAGACUGCUGAACACUGAACUGGAUUGACCACCUGCUCUGAUUCUCCGCACCUUAGCACACAUGCACUCACUCAUGCACACACCCACCCAUAUAUACAUUCAUGCUACACACACAUCACAACUUCUGCUACCAGACUCGUAUUAUGAUAGCUAAAUACUGCACAAUUUAAACACUUGCCCCCCAAUUCUCCCUUCCCCAAAACACAUGUAAAUAUUGGACUAUAAUUGUGCCUUCCUGUAUCAUACUUAUGCUAAAAUGUUUAUUCUAUUCUACUGAGCCAUUUACUUUAUGUUCAUAUUCUUAUCUUGUAUUAUUUCUUAUUGUUGAGAAGGAACCUGCAUUUGGUUCAACAGUGUAUAUCAUUUCUAUCCUGUACAUAUGACUAAUAAAAUUUAAACUUGAUUUUGUGGCACACUAUUUAGUUUGCAGCAAAUUUGCCGCAAACUUACGGGAAGUUUGCCGCAACAAAUUCAUUUUUGUAAGGGGUCCAUGGAUCCUAGUUAUUGUGUCAUCACAAAUGUAUAACGACAUGCUAAUUACAUUGGCUGAGCAAGGAUUUUGUGCUAAUUUAGCAGAGGUACAGUAGUUCAGUGUACUACGCUUGCGUGAUGAGUAACCUUGCCUGAGACCUGAAGACUUGCGCUAGCUCCUCAAAUGAGUGUCUAAGCUUUAGGUCAGUUCACAGGCUUGUUGUGCAUAAGAAACCAGGGUUUAAAUCAUAUUUGGUCACACUCUCUGCUGCUUGAUUUUCUGUCUCACAGUCUAUAGUGGCGUUGUUCAACAAGCAGUCGGGGAAGACUCGAGAGGAGGCCAAGCUCUCAUUCCUCAAAGUCAUCUUCAAGUGGCCUACAUUUGGCUCGGCCUUCUUUGAAGUCAAGGUAAAGAUUUCUAUAGGAAUGCUGUAUGGAUUUCUGUAUGAAUUCAUGUUAUUGUGCAGAACUGGGGCAGAAUGAUAAUUGUUUGUUGGGUUAUUAGUGCAUUAGAGUUACCGUGGCCAUUUGAGUGCUGUUUGGUACUUUAGGAGGUUUUUGUUCCAAUGUUCAAAUAACUUUUCUUGAUCAAUGUUCAGAACACUCAACUCAAUCUCAGGUCAUGGACUAUUAUCAUUGACCUGGUUAGAGAGUUGCUGUGAAUUCCUUGCUACUUUCUUUUGAUGUAUUGUUGUUUUAUUUAUUUAUUAUCUCUGUCAGUCUAUACAUCUGCCUAAUGUCUGCCUCAAUCACAGUAUUUAUCUAUAUGAUUAAUAAAAAAUAGUUCACAAACUCAAUUUGUUCGUUAUAGGUUUAUAAGAUACCAAUUACAACUUAAUGGAUGUUCUCCUAUUCAACAGCAAACCACUGAUCCAAACUUCCCAGAGACCCUCUUGAUAGCAAUAAACAAACAUGGUGUCAGCCUGAUCGACCCCAAGUCAAAGGUGAGUGUGUGUGUGUCAUGGAAGUUGUGUAUGUGUGUGUGUGCUAAACAAGUAUUUCUCCAAUUCCCACCUGAACAGGACAUCUUAACGACACACCCGUUCACUAAGAUCUCCAACUGGAGCAGUGGAAACACCUACUUCCACAUCACCAUCGGCAACCUGGUCCGAGGCACCAAGCUGCUGUGUGAGACCUCACUGGUGAGCUACUGGACAUUUCAACACUCACAAUAUGACAUCACAUGAGAUGUCAAUGGCUCUCAGGCAGUGUUGGUAUACAGUAUUUAGGGGUAGCCUAUUUUAGAAAGAUUCCUCACACUCUACACAUACAGUGCAUUUGGAAAGUAUUCAGAACAUGUUAUGUUACACCCUUAGUCUAAAAAUAAAUAAAAAAUCGCAUCAAUAAUCAUAAUGACAAAGUGAAAAAGUGAAAAAGGUUUUUAGAAUUUUUUGCAAAUUUAUUAAAAAUCAAAACAGAAAACAGUAUUCAGACCCUUUGCUGUGAGACUCGAAAUUGAGCUCAGGUGCAUCCUGUUUCUAUUGAUCAUCCUUGAGAUGUUUCUACAACUUGAUUGGAGUCCACCUGUGGUAAAUUCUAUUGAUUGGACAUGAUUUGGAAAGGCACACUCCUGUCUAUAUAAGGUCCCACAGUUGACAGUGCAUGUCAGAGCAAAAACCAAGCCAUGAGGUCGAAGGAAUUCUCAGUAGAGCUCCGAGACAUGAUUGUGUUGUGGCACAGAUCUGGGGAAGGAUAACAAAAAAUAUCUGCAGCAUUGAAGGUCCCCAAGAACACAGUGGCCUCCAUCAUUCUUAAAUGGAAGAAGUUUGGAACCACCAAGACUCUUCCUAGAGCUGGCCGCCCAGCCAAACUGAGCAAUUGGGGAGAAGGGCCUUGGUCAGGGAGGUGACCAAGAACCCGAUGGUCACUCUGACAGAGCUCCAGAGUUCCUCUGUUGAAAUGGGAGAACCUUCCAGAAGGACAACCAUCUCUGCAGCACUCAUAGCAUUUAUCGUAGAGUGGCCAGAUGGAAGCAACUCCUCAGUAAAAGGCACAUAACAGCCUGCUUGGAGAUUGCCAAAAGGCACCUAAAGGACUCUGACCAUGAGAAACAAGAUUCUCUGGUCUGAUGAAACCAAGAUUGAACUCUUUGGCCUGAAUGCCAAGCGGCACGUCUGGAGAAAAUCUGGCACCAUCCCUACAGUGAAGCAUGGUGUCAGCGUCAUGCUGUGUGGAUGUUUUUCAUCGGCAGGGACUGGGAGACUAGAUCAAGGUCAUGAUCAAGGGAAAGAUGAACGGAGCAAAGUACAGAGAGAUCCUUGAUGAAAACAUGCUCCAGAGCACUCAGGACCUCAGACUGGGGCGAAGUUUCACCUUCCAACAGGACAACGAAUCUAAGCACACAGCCAAGACAACGCAGGAGUGGCUUCGGGACAAGUCUCUGAAUGUCCUUGAGUGGCCCAGCCAGAGCCCGGACUUGAACCCAAUCGAACAUCUCUGGAGAGACCUGAAAAUAGCUGUGCAGCGACGCUCCCCAUCCAACCUGACAGAGCUUGACAGGAUCUGCAGAGAAGAAUGAGAGAAACUCCCCAAAUACAGGUGUGCCAAGCUUGUAUCGUCAUAACCAAAAAGACUCUAAGCUGUAAACGCUGCCAAAGGUGCUUCAACAAAGUACUGAGUAAAGGGUCUGAAUACUUAUGUAAAUGUAAUAUUUCCAUUUGUAAAACAUUAGCAGCAAUUUCUAAAAACCUGUUUUUGCUUUGUCAUUAUGGGGUAUUGUGUGCAGAUUGAUGAGCAUAAAAAUUUUUGAAUAAGGCUGUAACAUAACAAAAUGUGGAAAAAGUCAAGGAGUCUGAAUACUUUCCGAAUGCACUGUAUAGACAGGUUAGCUGACAACGUCGUGAAACGAUACGCACACCUCAAAGGGUUAGAAGGCUCUGUGUUGUUGGGGUUCUGGAUGGCCAGAUAGCUAACAACAAUGACAAGAAACUGCCAUCUGGUGGCUCGUUUUAGCUCGUUUGAUUUUGUUCUUGAUACAGUGUCUUGUUUUGAGAGCCGGCUUGGAGUGACAGUUGAGCAGGUUUUCACUUUUGGGACUAUUCUGUUGGCUCCAUUGCGCCAGGCAAGCUCAAUCAAGUGCAUGUAAAAGUAUUUGACAGAUACUACUAUUUGAACACAGGUCUGAUUCAUAGGCUACCAUGAAAUAUGGCAAAACAUUAAUGUACCUUUGAACUGGUUUGUCUUUGUGACCACAGGGCUACAAGAUGGACGACCUCCUGACCUCUUACAUCAGCCAGAUGCUGACCACCAUGACUAAACAGAGCGGUUCCCGUGGCAACAUCAAGUGA